AUGCCACUUCUUCGAGUAGCAACGCCGGCGCCAGUGAGGCUGGUACAGUGCAACUUAUUCUCCAAGAACAAGAACAAGAACAAGACGAACACGACGUUGCCCUUCCCCAUCCUGCAGCCACAUUAUCGUUGGGGUAGCAUUAUUACUGCCAAUGCAAAUCCAAAUCCAAAUGUUCCAAACUGUGAUGAUUGGAAAUUCACAGUAACCAACAGAAGAGGAGAGCAUGGACGUAAGAUACAUAACGGGGCGCCGUCGUCCUAUGCCUCACAAUCACGAUCAGAGGAGAUCGAUAUUAAUAUUGAUCGACAAUUCCUGAACAGAUUUCUUAUUGGCGGCUGGGUUUCUAAACAAUGGGAUGCUUUUCAUCGCUUUUGUCGUCCUCAUACUAUAAUCGGCACUGUUAUAGGUAUAUUAUCGGUCUCUCUUCUUCCAUUGGAACAAAUUGGGGACUUGUCUCCUGCAUUUUUGAUAGGAAUAUUGAAGGCAUUGGUUCCCUCGGUGUUAAUGAACAUCUAUGUGGUGGGAUUGAAUCAAGUGUUUGAUGUUGAAAUAGAUAAGGUUAACAAACCUGAUCUCCCUUUAGCUUCAGGUGAAUUCUCAAUGGGAACUGGGAUCACAAUCGUUUCCGCAGUUUUGCUGAUGAGUUUUGCCAUGGGAGUUAUGUUCAAGUCUCCACCUCUGUUCUCUGCCCUCGCCAUUAGCUUUUUUCUUGGAAGUGCUUAUUCCAUUGAGCUUCCGCUGCUCAGAUGGAAGAGACAUGCAAUUCUUGCUGCUGCUUGCAUCCUAAUUGUGAGAGCUAUUGUCGUCCAGCUUGCCUUCUUUGUACACAUGCAGAAGUACGUUCUUGGUAGAGAAAUCGCAAUUACAAGACCAUUAGUAUUCGCGGUGGUUUUCAUGUGCAUCUUUUCAUCUGUUAUUGCAUUGUUCAAGGAUAUACCUGAUGUGGAUGGUGAUAGAGAUUUCGGUAUCCAAUCUUUUAGUGUCAGCCUCGGGCAAGAAAAGGUGUACUGGGUUUGUGUAAAUAUGUUGUUACUGGCAUAUGGGGCUGCAGUUGUGAUAGGAGCCUCUUCAUCAUUCCUACCAGGCAAGCUUUUCACUAUAAUAGGUCAUGCUGCACUGGCUUCCCUUUUAUGGUUUCGAGCUCGAUCGACAGAUAUAGCCAAUAAAGCCUCCCUAACUUCUUUUUACAUGUUCAUUUGGAAGCUUUUCUAUGCCGAGUAUCUGCUCAUUCCUUUUGUACGUUGA